AAGUGUUACCCAUCAUCUGCCUUAAGGUCUUCUAUUUUAGGCUUUGAAGUGUUUGGUCCCAUUGAUUGAAUUCUACAUAAAAUGGCUGCUUCAUCGUCACUGUUUUCAUGUUCCAUCCAAGGGGCAGUGCCGUUUCAGAAACAGUCAGACCUUGUCUCAAUGCAAAUAAAACAUCCAAGGUUGUUACUACCCAAUGAGAAAUUCUCACAAAGUCAGACUUUGUGUCGUGCACUGAAGACUGAGAAUUUACCAUCCUUUUCGGUGGGGAAAAAGUUUCAACUUGAUGAUGUGAUUGAAGCUCAACAAUUUGAUAGAGAUAUUCUGGGUGCUAUAUUUGAAGUUGCACGUGAUAUGGAGAAGAUUGAAAAAAGAUCACCAGGGAGUCAAAUUCUUAAGGGAUAUCUCAUGGCUACUCUCUUUUAUGAACCCUCUACUAGGACUAGGCUGUCCUUUGAGUCUGCCAUGAAACGCUUAGGUGGAGAGGUUUUGACUACUGAGAAUGCAAGGGAGUUUUCUUCAGCAGCUAAAGGAGAAACACUUGAAGAUAGUAUAAGAACUGUCGAGGGUUACUCGGAUAUAAUUGUGAUGCGCCACUUUGAGAGUGGUGCAGCCAAAAGAGCAGCAGCAACUGCUGGCAUUCCUGUUAUUAAUGCAGGAGACGGUCCUGGACAACACCCAACUCAGGCCCUUUUGGAUGUCUAUACUAUUGAAAGAGAGAUAGGAAAGCUGGAUGGCAUAAAAGUUGCACUUGUUGGAGAUCUUGCCCACGGAAGGACAGUGCGUUCACUAGCAUACUUGCUUGCCAGGUAUAAUGAUGUCAAGAUCUACUUCGUCUCUCCUGAUGCCGUGAAAAUGAAGAAUGACAUAAAAGACUAUUUGACAUCAAGGAAUGUUGAAUGGGAAGAAAGUGCUGAUUUGAUGGAAGUUGCAUCUAAGUGUGACAUUCUCUAUCAAACUCGCAUUCAGCGUGAACGGUUCGGGGAAAGAAUCGACCUCUAUGAAGAAGCCCGAGGGAAGUACAUUGUGGACCCUCGUGUGUUGGAGGUGAUGCAGAAGCAUGCUGUGAUCAUGCACCCUCUGCCGAGACUUGAUGAGAUCACUGUGGAUGUUGAUGGGGAUCCGAGAGCUGCGUAUUUCAGACAGGCAAAGAACGGCUUAUAUAUUAGGAUGGCUCUAUUGAAACUCCUGCUUGUAGGUUGGUGAGGAAGGCAAUCUAUAUUCCUCAUUACUCAUUAACUUUGGAAGUAUUGGCUCCAAAACCAUAGGUGGAGGGAAGCAUUAUUCCAGUUUAGAAGUUUUGACUUUU